AUUCAAAAUAUUUUUAAUUUAUUUUUAUUGUUUAAUUCAGAUAUAAAUAAAUAAAAAUAAAUAAUUAUUUAAAAUUUACUUUUUUUUUUUUUUAAAUAAAUUUUAUUUAGAAAUAAUAUUAAUUUUGGUUUAGAAAUAUUCUAAUCUAAAUUUUGUAUUUGUAAUAAUAAAAGUAAUUGAAAAAAUACUAUAACAAGAAAAUAAAAAUGUUAAUAAAAGAAUACAGGAUAACCUUACCACUUACAACAGAAGAAUAUAGAUUGGGUCAAAAAUAUAUGACAACAAGAAAGUCUAAUGAAUCUUCUAAUACAGGUGAAAAUGUUGAAGUUUUAGAAAGAUCUCCAUUUGAGGAUGAAGAUGGUAAUAAAGGUACAUAUACACACAAAUUAUUUUUAUUAAAUAAAUCCUUACCAAGAUAUGCAACAGCUAUAUUACCAAAAAGUGCUUUAAAAAUUGAAGAAAAAUCUUGGAACAGUUUCCCACAUACUAAAACGGUUUAUAGUUGUCCAUUUUUUGGGGAAAAAUUUUAUUUAUGUAUAGAAUCUAUGCAUAAAGAUGGUUUAGAAGAAGAAGAAAAUAUUUUUAACCUUUCAAAAGAUACACUAAAGAAAAGAAUAGUAGACCAUGUAGAUAUAGCCAAUGAUCCAAUUGACCCAAAAGAAUAUAAAAUCGAAGAAGAUCCAAACCAUUUCAAAUCAAAGCUAACUGGAAGAGGACCAUUAACCGGUAAAAAUUGGAAAAAAGAUAUCAAACCAGCAAUGACCUGUUAUAAAUUAGUUACUGUUAAUUUUAACUAUUGGGGUUUCCAAAACAAAAUUGAAAAUCUUGUUCAAACUAAUGGUUUAAGAGAAGUUAUCUUAAAAGCACAUAGAUGUUUAAUAUGCUGGCUAGAUGAAUGGAUUAAUCUUUCUGAAAAAGAACUCGAAGAAUAUGAAAAUUCCACAAACAAGAACUCACCUCCACAACAUCAACAAAGUAUUAUUUCUUCAGAUACUAAAAAACAUGGGAUUAAUAAAAUAAACAAGUGUCCAAAAAACUGUGAUGAUGAUAGAGAAUGCCAACAUUGUAAUCAUCUAAUGGUAACAACCACAACCACCGAAACUAUUACCAGAACCACUACAACAACUUCAUCACCAAUGUGUUGUGCUCAAAAGAUUAAUGCUGAUAGUAUUAAUGUAAUGAACUAAACAUUAAACAUAAAAAAAACAAAUAAACAAACAUAUAAAUAAAAAAAAAGAUAAUAUUUUUUUAUCUAUUAUUAUUUAAGAAUAAUAAUAAAAAAAAAUAUUUUAAUAUUUAUAAUAU